AUGCUGAGCCCUACAGAUUACCUAGCAUUAUCCAGCGAGUUCAAUCGCCAUGCUUCAUCUAAAGCUCGCAAUACAGGGGAAUUGAUUCGAGAGACUUCACAAUUUGAUCAGUGGUAUUCAUCUGCUGUCCAUGGGUCUAUUUGGAUCAAGGCAGUCCCGGGUGCGGGCAAGAGUGUCCUUGUAGCCUCCAUGGUUCAAUCGCUUUCGGCCAACGAGUCCCUUAACGCCUUGGGAUCAUUUGGACCCGCUCAAGUCAAGGUUCUUUUAACCAGUCGACCAAAACGAUAUCUCCAACAAGCGUUCAAAAAUCCCCAAGUUAUUUACCGCGUAAAGCAAUUUGCUGAGGAUGACAUCAGUGGGAACAUGCAAAGUUUUAUCCAGAACACUUCUAUCAAGAGCAAAGAACACGAUGAGGUUUUAAUACGAGAAGUGAUAGUUAAAUUACCCGUGGGUCUUGAAGAGAUGUACAUUAAGUCAGCACGACCGAUGCGCCUGAUAGAAUUUGCUAAGGCUAUUCAACACAAUCCUCACCGUGCCAAAAAUGGCAGAGAUGCUAAAGAAAUCGUCAGAUCUAGCUAUGGUGCACUUCUCAAAGUAAUGGAAGAUGGGGUUGUGCAAAUUUUGCAUCAUUCUUUUACAGAAUUUCUUUUGGAUGGAUGUACAUUUUCUUCAUACCCAAUCUCGAAUGAUGCAAAAGAUGGUGGAGGUAACUUGGAACAAUCCAUGCGACUAUUUGGCUUUGGUCGAUCGUUCGUACAAUUUCCACUUGCCAAGUAUGCUGCAAAGAACUGGACUUAUCAUGCCAAAGCGUACGACUGUGAAGAUACAGGUUUCUAUGAGAAACUGGAAGAAUUCUGUAAGUCUGAGAGCCAGACAUUUAAAGCUUGGUCAAGGUUGGCCGGCGCGUUGAGAAACUCUCCCAAUACAUUUCGUUUUUGGCCACAAUUUGGUCAAGCUCUAGCAUCUGAAAUGACUUCCCAUCUUCAAAUAGCUUCUAGUUUCGGGCUAGGCUGUUGGACACAAAGACUCGAAGUUGUGAGUAGAUUACUGAAUGCUGGUGCUAAGCCAAACAUCGGCGGACAUGAUGGACUGAAGCCUCUCCAUGUUGCAGCCUUAAAUAACCAUGUAGGAGUGGUUAAGCUCCUGCUUGGCGCUGGUGUGUCUCCUCUGACCGCUCGGAUGGAAGGCACAGCAAGCCGCUGUGGAAAUGCUCCGCCAAAUGCCAGUCAAUACCCACUAAUGAUCGCCAGUAAUGCCGGCCAUGUCGAAACAAUAACUGAGAUGAUUCCGUAUCGCGAGCCAAAAGAACUUGAAGAGGCUUUAUUGCGAGCAGCUCAUAAUGGACAUCAUGUUUUGGUUUCUACUCUCUUGGGAAAAGCAAAUGUUUCUCCCAACGCAAAAGCGCCCGUAGGGUAUGGUGAUAUGGGCUUUAUAAGAGGCCAGACUGCCCUAAUGGUAGCGACGAGUUCCAUUGAAGCAAGAUCUGUAAAGACCAUAUUGAAGAAAGGAGAGAUGCCAAAUUUAGGCAGUAAUCACUUAACGGAACUUGGCUCAGCUCGUCGCGUUAUACACAGUAGAAAUCUACCAGAAUCGGGGGAUGGAACGCCACUCCAUGAUUUUGGUAUACUUUUGUUGGCAGAUGCUGAUCUUGAAGCCCGAGAUAACAACGGCGACACUCCUCUGCUACUUACAGUUUCACCCAAAAGUCAUAGAAAUUCUCAAAUUGCUCUAGAGCUUUUAUUCUCGGCUGGUGCUGACCCAUGCACCAUGAACUCUGAUGACGAGAAUUUGCUUCACCGAGCUUGUGAAGAGCUAUCGUCGACUGACCUUGCCAAACAAGUUUUGGCCUUCGGAGCAAACCCUAAUCAAGCUCGAAUCUCAGAUGGAGUAACUCCGUUACAUUGUGUGGUGGAUGACAGACACAAGCCAACCGAGCUCAUUGAAUUGCUUGUCAAUCAUGGUGCUGAUAUCAAUGUCCAAGAUAUUAACGGAGAUAUCAACGGAUAUACUACCCUACAUCGUGCUUACAGAUCCUCAUUAGUUCAACAGGUGAUCUGA